UUCAUCCUCUCUCUCUCUCUCUCUCUCACCAUGCAAAACAUGGAAACGGAAUCCCUCUUGCCAAGGUCAAGUUCCGGCGGCCUAAAGGCGAAUUGGCGGCUGAUGCGUUACCGGCGACUCGGUGGGAGUGUCCCAGCCGGGAAAGCGAAGAAGAAGAUGUCGAAGAUGAUUCGGUUGAAAGGAUCGAGGAAGUAUUGGAGGAUCAAGGCGAUCCCAAAGCUGAGUUUGGUGGUUAAGUCGCCAUUGAAGCUAUUGAAUAAGCUAAAGAAUGCUUAUAUUGACUUUAUGCUGAAGUUGUCUGGGAAAGUAGGAGGAAGCUUGAGUAUUAAUGGUGUUGGUGAUAAUGCUUUUGGACAAAAGAGGAUUCCAAAAGCUCGUCAAGUCACACAAAAAUUUUCCAUGAAUGAGUUUGAAGCUAGGCUCAUCUAUGAGAUUUCCAAGGUCUUGGUUGCUUCUCGUGAAUUAAACGCUAUGUAAUAUAUAUAAUCUUCUUCUUCUACUACUUUCUUAUUUGUGCCUUUUGUUCUGUUCA